CAAAAGCGUAGCUGAUGGUUCUGGCCACUUGUGCAAAGUGCAGACAGCACGGGCGCAUAGGGCGGCGUUCUCGUCAUGUCCUCGAUCUCCCCACGGCGCGUGGACUUCGCCCCGAGUCCGCGGCGCGCCUGGCGAGACGAAGACUCGCAGGACGUGUCCCCCGCGCCGGGCAGCAGCGAAGUGGUGCUGCUGCGCUGCCGGGAGACCAUCGAGAGGCUGCAUGGAGACGUCGAGGAGGAGCGGCAAAAGCGGCAGAGGCUGCAAGAUCAAGCAGCAGCCAACGAGGAUGAGCUCGCCACGGUCAAGGCGCAGCUGGUGGAGGAGUCUGAGCGCCUGGCUGCGGCGGAGCGCGAGCGCCGGCUCCUGGAGCGGCAGCUGAUGGAGAUGCAGCAGAGGCAAAAGGCGGAGAAGGAGAUGCAUGAGGCUGCCAGCUCCCAACUUCAGGGCUUGAAGAGCGAGUCUGUGCAGAAGGCCCAGGAGCACUUCGCCCAGCAGCUGCGCCUCAGCGAGGCGGAGGCCGCGGCGCAGCGCGCGGAGGCCAAGGCUGCGGAGGCGGAGGCAGAGGCGGCAAGGAGUUCAGAAGAGCUGCGCGGCGCUCAACACCAGGUCUUGGAGGCGGAAGCGGGUGCGCAGCAACUGCAGGAGGCGCUGGAGGGCAAGGGCCAGGAGCUGGACCAGGCUUUGCAGCAGCUGGCGGAGCUGGAGCACCGCUGCGAAAGUUUGGGCCAGGACUUGGAGGAUCUGCAGGCUGACAAGCAGGCAAUCGUGGAGUCUAACCAGUUUGAGCUGCAGGAGCUGGCAAUGAGACAGGAGCGGCUGCAAGGCGCCUGGCGCGAGCGCGAAGUGGAGCUGCAGCGGGCCUUCCAGGAGCGGGAUGAAUGCCAGAACGACCUGGAACAAGCGCAGCAAGAGGCAGAGCGUUCAAGGCAGCAGGCGCGACGCCUCACAGAGGAAAAUCGCGACCUGACAGAUAAGUGCCAGCGUUUGGAAAGCGAGCUCUCGAAGCUGCGCAAGAAGGGCGAGGAACUGAAAGUGGAGGCUGCGGAGAAGGCGCAGGACCUGGAGCAGCUGCAAAGGCAGCAGCGAAGCCACAAAAGCACCGUGGCCACUUUGGAACAGCAGGUUGAGGAGUAUCGACGACAGACAAGGGAGCUGAGUCAGGAGCUGGCUAGGCAAAAAGCUGAGGCCUUGCAGGUCAAGCAGGACCUGGCAGGCGCUGCCAAGCAGGAGGAGGAGCGCGAGAAGAUCCUCAGCAGCCGCGUUGGAGGUAUUCACGAUUUGCAAUGUGGAGUGUGUUGCUUUGCGCUGCCCAAGGGAAGAGGUGAGAAGGAGUUAAAGAAGCGCGCCGCAGAGCUAACAUGGCGGCUGGAAGCUGCGAACAAGGAGGUGGAAGCAUGCCGAGCCAGCCUAACAUCUGAGCGAGAGCGCUGUAAGGAGCUGCAGAAGCUCAGCCAUCAGGAGGCCGAGGCCCACAGCCACUUGCAGCAUCAAGGCCUUAUCAGUCUUUCUGAGUUGCUGUCCCAAGCACAGGCGCACGCGCGCCUGCUGGCGCAGGUGAAGGCAGAACUCGGUGGCAUAAGCAAGAUAGAAUUUGCUGCCGAGGACACUGGUGAGCUCAAGCAGAAAUACGAGCAGAAAAUUGCCAAACUGUAUCAGCACCUUUCUGAGCGCGAAGCGUACGAGAGGAAGCUCAAAGGUUUCAUCGAGAAUGAAGUGCAUGUGCUACACCAGUACAACAAGGAGCUGGAGCACUACUGCCAGUGGCGCCGCGGAGCUGUUCCUGAUCCUCCCACGUUGCUCAAGCCUCCGAUUCCUGCACCAGACAAGGUCGGAAGGCGAUUGAUGCGGAACUUGCAGAACCUUGAGGCUCUAAAAUGAGGCGACACUUUGCAGUAUGAGCACCAGCGUUCAGCAGCUUCAGUCUCACUGUUGUUUUUUGACAAAUUUGCACCAGGUGCAGCGUCUGUCAUGCACUAAAAUUGGCGCUUGCUGCCGACUACGACUGCUGCACAGAAGCAUCGCCCACAUGAAAUGCUGA